GUAUAGAAAACCACUAAAAGUUGUACCAAUAAAAUAAACCACUGAAAGUAACAUUUCAGUCCAUGGUAUUUUUCUAUUCUUUGUGGGUUGUUUCAUUUGCGUAUUAACCUUGAAAUCUCCAUCUAUCUAUAUAUAACAACCUCCUUCACUCUUCUUACUCCACCAAAUCUACAAAACCAGUAAUUAAAUUUCUCUGUCAACUAAAAAGCAAAAAAAUCAGUUAUUAGAUUUCAAGAAUCAUUAACACAGAAGAAGAUGAGUUCAACAAGCAGAGCAUGGGCGGCAGCAGCCAGUGUUGCAAUGGUGGAAGCUUUGAAGGAUCAAGGUAUAUGCAGAUGGAAUCAUACACUAAAGUCACUUCAAAAUCAUGUUAAAAACAACGUCAGAUCAUUUUCUCAAGGCAAGAAGCUUUCGUCCUCCUCUUCUUCUUCUUCAGCUAUGGUUUCUAAUUCUAAAAGACAAAAAAAGAAGACAAACCAAUCAGAAGAAUCUUUGAGGACGGUCAUGUACUUGAGUUGCUGGGGUCCCAAUUGAAUAGAUGCUAAAUCCGCUGCCAAUAUCAGAGAAAGUUUGGGAAGACAUAUCCCUUGAUUUAUUUUGUUGGGCUCCCUUCCUUUCAAAACUUCACUGUAAUUCGCGUAGUGGUGAAUCGCUUGUCCAAGGCGGCACACUUUGCCAAAGUCACAGAUUUAUUUGCAAAAAUGGUUUGCAAACUCCACUGAAUCCAAGAAGUGUGGUUUCUGAUCGCGACCCUAUAUUCUUGAGUCACUUAUGGCAAGAAUUCUUCUUUCUCAAUGGCACCAAACUCCGGAUGACGACGUCAUGCCAUCCUCAAAGCUACGCCCAAACUGAAACUAUGAAUAAAGCAAUGCAACAAUACUUACAUUGUUUCGUUCAUGAGGAACCAAGAGGCUGGGGAAAAUCCCUUCACUGGGUCUUAUGGCAUUAUAACACAACCAUACAUUCUGCAACAGUUUUCUCUCCAUUUGCUUCUCUCUCACAAUAGUGGUCAUAACAUACUUCUUCUCUAGGAUCCAUUAACAUCAAGGAAGGGUUCCAAUAUGGGUAGCUCUGAAUUAGAUUAAGGUGUAAUUAGUACUAUUAAAUAUAUGUUUGGACAGUGGUUUGGUGUUGUAUCUUUCUCUUCUAAAAAAAGAUUAGCCUCUCCUAGUGUAUUGUUAAAUUUAUCAAGAUAGCAGCCUUUCACAUCUAA